AUGAUGUCCCCGCGAGUAAGAGCGACAGGUGUGGCGGCUUUAGCGAUUCUCUUGGCAACUAUAACAGGAUGUUCGUCGCAAAUUUUGAGGAUAUACCCUAUGCAAAAACAGCAGACGGUCGCUGUAGGCAAAUCAGUGGUACUAACCUGCCAGGCGGAAACGCCGGACCCCGCACUAGUCACACAACCACAGUGGAAAGAUCCUAAAGGAUAUGUCAUUAAUGAAGCCGCACCAGGAACAAGACCGGAAAUCUACACGGAGGCAAUGCCAACGAAGCAGUCGCAACUACUGUACAUUUCGUCUAUCACUCCCGCAAUGGCAGGCAAUUAUACUUGUGUCGCGACCUACACCAACAUGCCGCUCAGCGCCAGCGUUGUUUUGGACACUUUCGUGGCAAUCACCUGGGUAAAUGCAAAUGAAAACCAAUUUGCAACCAAAGGAAGAGAUUUCAAGAUAAUGUGCGAAGUAACUGCAGAGCCCGCACCUUCGGUGGACUGGUUUAAAGAAGGCACAACCAUUGUAACUUCAGAUAGGUAUGUUAUUCACGCCAAUGGAUUGCUCAUCAAAAAUGUACAAGAAAGUGACGAUGGAACUUAUACUUGUCGCGCUGUUGUUAUACAGACCGGAGAGCUUGCUGAAAGAAAUAUCAAAUUAGAGGUUUACACUGCACCUGAAAUGGAAGAACGUGAACCAAGAGUUGAAAUAAAAGAAGGGGAGUCAGCGGCUAUUACGUGUAAAGCAAGAGGAAAGCCACCUCCGACUUACACUUGGAUAAAAGCUAACACACGAGAGAAUUUAGCGACGACUUCAAGAUACAGCGUAAAUGAAAAUACUGGUUUGUUAACAAUUGACAGAGUAGAAGCGGGCGACUAUGGGAAAUAUAUUUGUAGUGCUGUUAACCAAGCUGGACAAAAUGAAACCGAAAUCGAAGUUGAAGUUUUAGUACCUCCUAAAAUAUUUGAGUUAUACAAUACGACUGCAGCAGAAAAAACUGAUGGAAGAUUAGAGUGCAAAGCUACUGGAAGACCUGCGCCUCGUAUGAGUUUCCGAAAACAAAGCAACAGCGAACCGUUCGUUAAUGGUCCUAAUGAUGGUGGACGUAUAAUAGUCGAGACUAGCAGUCGUCAAACUGGUGAUCAGAUGCAAUCUACCGCAGUUAUUACAAUAUCCAGAUUAAAUAGAACUGACGACGGUCUUUAUGAAUGUUUUGCUGAAAAUGAAGGUGGACAAGCAAGAAAAAAUGGUCAUUUGACGGUACAAUUCAAGCCAACCUUUGAGCAUAUGUCAAAUGUACCGAUCUGGAGUUGGAACGGCCAACCAGUCAAUAUAAGCUGCAUAGCUGAGAGUAUUCCCAAUGCAACUAUCAAAUGGAAGUUCCAUGAAUAUGAUUUAACUGAGUCUCCACAUGUGAAGAUCUAUGGCUCCGGGCCGAUCAGUUACGUAACGGUCAUUCCGGUUGAUCGUAGUUUGUAUGGAAUUUACAAAUGUAUUGCUACCAAUACCCUUGGUGAAGCAGAACACACUAUACAAUUAAGAGAAGCUUUCCCGCCAGGCCCAGUUUUACAAGUUAAGCAAGAAACUAUAACAGCUACAUCAGUAUCGUUUAAUAUUAUUGGUCCGGCCGAAGACAUGGGACCUCCCACGCUGGCUUUUACAGCACAAUAUAAAGAGAACGGGAAUUUUGAUUGGAAUUUAGCCAUGAACAGGACCUGGUCUGUUAAUUCUCCCUAUAUUGUCGAAAACUUAAUGCCUAUGUAUACAUAUGACUUUAGAUUCGCAGCUGUCAACCAAGUCGGUGCAGGAUUGUGGGGAGCUCCGAUAACAGUUAUUAUGCCCAGAAGGUCCCCACCGGAGCAACCAAAAUGGAGAGAGGCCAUCAGUUCAGAAUCACUGAUACAUGGUAAAUUCGCAGACAGAUAUGAAUUACAAUGGAAAAUACCGGCUCAUAACGGUGAACCCAUUGAUAUGUAUGAAGUCAGCUAUUGUCCAGUGUUAAAAGUUAGUGGCGAGUGGAGAGUGGCGUCAGAUUCUCAAUGUGUUGUUGAAGAACUUAGGUCAUAUGAGGCAAUCAGUUAUGAAGUUACAGGAUUACGUCCUGAUACUCGCUAUAGAAUACAAGUACGAGCUCACAACGUACUCGGUUACUCCCUGCCCGCUCAGCUCUAUGUACAGACUGCCCUCGGUGUGGAACGUUCUGGAUUUGCCCCGCCUCAACUUAUGUCGAGUGGCACAAUCGUAGGAGUGGCACUAGCUGGCGUAUUUAUGUGCCUCAUCAUUGUGGAUCUCUUGCUAUUCUGCUUUAGACGACAGGGAGUCGUUGCCACGCUUUGUGGAAAACGAGCUAAAAAGCACAAAGAAGACGAAGCUAAAUUAGGAAGAGACGAGAAGGAGCCUCUGAAGGAUACGGGUGAUGACACAAUAAAGCGAAAUUCUUCUGUAGAAUUUGAUGGUCGCCGCGUAUACGCCACCAGUGGAGGAACUAUUAUUGGUAAAAAUUCAGCCGUUUAA